AUUGACCUCAAAGCAUAGAAUACAGUACCAUAUAGAUGCUAGCUAUGGGUGAAAUGGUCGCAUUUGUGGCUUCUUUAGCUAUCUUUUCCUUGCUCAUAUCCUUCGAUGGUGGUAAUGCUUUGAGCUUAGAUUACUAUACCGAGACUUGUCCGAAGGUUGAGGAAGCGGUGACAGCAGCUGUGAAGAAAGCCACGGCCAAUGACCGGACGGUUCCUGCUGCAUUGCUUCGCAUGCAUUUCCAUGACUGCUUCAUCAGGGGCUGCGAUGGCUCGGUCCUACUGAAGUCUGUCGGCAAUAACACAGCUGAGAAGGACGGACCUCCAAAUAUCUCCCUGCAUGCCUUCUAUGUUAUCGACAACGCCAAGAAAGCAAUAGAAUCUAUGUGCCCUGGUGUGGUUUCAUGCGCCGAUAUUGUAGCGCUUGCUGCAAGAGAUGCUGUGGUUAUUUCAGGAGGUCCAACAUGGGAGGUCCCAAAGGGUAGGUUGGAUGGUAGGGUCUCCAAGGCUAUUGACACGAGACUGCUGCCGAGUCCCGCUUUCAACUUUUCCCAACUCCAGCAAAGCUUCUCACAAAGAGGCCUCUCUACUGAAGACUUGGUAGCUCUUUCUGGUGGUCACACCCUAGGGUUCGCCCACUGCUCCUCCUUCAUAAACCGGGUCAACAACUUCGACUCCACCCACAACGUCGACCCCACUCUAAACCCUAGCUUCGCCGCCAGUCUGAGGAAGACAUGCCCCGCCCACAACAAGGUCAAGAACGCCGGAGCAACCCUAGACUCCACCACCGCCACCUUCGACAAUGCCUACUACAAGUUAUUAACCCAAGGGAAGGGCCUCUUCUCUUCGGAUCAAGCUCUUCUAACAAACCCUAAGACCAAGAAUCUUGUCGACAAAUUUGCUACAUCGCGAGAGGCUUUUGAUGAGGCUUUUGUUAAGUCUAUGAUCAAGAUGAGUAGCUUGACUGGUGGGCAGGAAGUGAGAUUGGACUGUAAGGUGGUCAGAUAAUCAUCAACUUUAAGACUUAUAUUGGAGAAAACAAGUCAAAUUCUUCUGGUUCGCUAUCUUAAAUUGGUGAGAAAGCGAGAUUGUUUUAAGUUAUUUAAUAGGGAUUUGGGUUUUUAUAUGUGUUAGCGUUUCAUAUGUGUUCAAUAAGAGGAAAGGUUGGACUAAAUGGGACAACUUUUCCAGUGGAAUUGGGGCAUGUUCAGUUUGUGAGUUUGGCUACAAAAGUAUAGACUAGUCCUUUUGUAUAUUGUUACAAAUUUGGUUCAUUCUUAGUAAUCACGCAUUUGUUUGGUUUUCA